AUGACCAAAUACAUUGUCGUCUCUGGCGGCGUCGUCAGCGGUAUCGGCAAGGGCGUCAUCGCCUCGUCCACCGGCCUGCUCCUCAAGACGACGGGGCUCAAGGUUACAGCGAUCAAGAUUGACCCGUACAUGAACAUCGAUGCCGGGACCAUGCGCCCGCAGGAGCAUGGCGAGGUGUAUGUCCUGAACGAUGGCGGUGAGGUUGAUCUCGAUCUCGGCAACUACGAACGCUACCUGGACGUCACUCUCAGCCGGGACAACAACAUUACUACUGGCAAGAUCUAUCGGGAAGUCAUUGAAAAAGAGCGCCGAGGCGAUUAUCUGGGGAAGACUGUCCAGAUCGUUCCACAUGUCACCAAUGCUAUUCAAGAUUGGAUAGAGCGUGUUUCCAAAGUUCCGGUGGAUGAUACCAACGAGGAGCCAGAUGUGUGCAUCGUCGAGCUUGGUGGGACGGUUGGUGACAUCGAAUCCGCGCCGUUUGUAGAGGCCAUGCGGCAGUUCCAAUUCCGGGUCGGAUACGACAAUUUCGCUCUCAUUCACGUCUCUCUUGUGCCGGACAUGCACGGGGAGCAGAAGACAAAACCCACACAGACUACUGUGCAUGCCUUGCGUGGUCUUGGUCUUCUGCCUGACCUGAUCGCGUGCCGCGUCGUGGUACAAAAGCCACUAGAACCUGCGACCAAGUCCAAGAUUUCAAUGUUCUGCCAUGUAGCACCUGAACAGGUCGUAGGGGUCCACGACGUUUCUUCCGUGUACCAUGUCCCCCUUCUCCUCCAAUCCCAGGGUAUUGUCCAAUACCUCCAAAAGCGACUUAACCUCGCAAGCGUCAAGAUCACCCCCGAAAUGCAGCAGCAUGGAUUGUCAUUAGGCAACCGGUGGCGAGAGCUCACCAGUCGCCAAGAACGCCUCUUCGACGAUGUUACGAUCACACUUGUAGGGAAGUACACCGAUAUGGGUGACUCCUACAUGUCAGUUGUCAAAUCUCUCGAACACUCCGCCUUCAGGUGUAAUCGCAAGCUCAUCCUCAAGUGGGUGGACGCAAGCGACCUCGAGCCUCAAGCGCAGAUCACAAGUCCCGCGAAGUAUCAUGACGCCUGGAAGGCUGUUGUCUCAGCGAAUGGUAUCCUCGUUCCGGGGGGGUUCGGAAUCCGUGGCUCUGAAGGCAUGAUGCUCGCGAUCAAGUGGGCGCGCGAGCAGAAGAUCCCAUUCUUUGGCAUCUGCCUGGGAUUCCAGCUCGCAGUUGUGGAGUGGGCGCGGCAUAUUUGCGGCCUGACCAACGCCAUCUCCGGCGAGUUCGACUCGAAGGCCGAGCACCCCGUCAUCGUCUUCAUGCCCGAGAUUUCGAAGACGCACAUGGGCGGCACCAUGCGUCUCGGCCUCCGUCCCACUGUCUUUGAUCCCGAGUCUGAGUCGUGGUCGAAGGUGCGCAAGCUCUAUGGGGGCGCACCGAAAAUCUGGGAGCGCCACCGGCACCGGUACGAGGUCAACCCGGCAUACAUUGAGCAACUGGCGGCCUCUGGCCUGAGUUUCGUCGGCAAGGAUGAGCGCGGGGAGCGUAUGCAGGUCCUCGAGCUCGAAGAUCACCCGUACUUCGUCGGAGUCCAGGCGCACCCCGAGUUCUGCACCCGGCCGCUAAAUCCGAGCCCGCCGUUCCUGGGCUUCGUCGCCGCGGCGAGUGGAGAGGCCGUGCUCAAGGAGCAGCUUGAAGGCCAGUUACGCUCGUUUAAACCGCCGCAUCCGGAGAGCGCGAUGGUGGACGAGGCGGCGCUGAGGCACGGUUCUCCGCGACCGCAGGGUGAGGAGGCGAUCAUGGACGCGGAGCCUUGA